AUGGUGUUACAGGGUACAAGAGUUAAGGAUAUCUUUCGCGUUGUCGGCUUCAUUCUGAUAAUUCAGUUAAUAAUCAUACCCAUCACUCGAACCUGGAGCUGGCGCGAAGAUGAGUGCAAACUAUUUGAAUUGGCAACCCAGUUCAAGAAAAACCAAACGGAUUUUUAUGCUUGGUUGGAUGUAAAGCCCACAGCAACUGCAGUCGAUAUAGGCAAAGCAUACAGAAAAUUAACUUUACAUAUGCACCCUACAGCACAUGAAGAUCGACCAUCUCCUGAAUACGAGAUAACCAAACAGAUUGGAUAUAUCCUGCGAACACCUAAACUUAGAUCUUUGUACGAUACGAUUUUACAAAAUGACGGGAAAACACCUUUUUUCAAAGGAUGGUAUUACUUGUGGACGAGACAUAAGUUAUCUUGUUUGGCAGCUGGUAUUAUCAUUACCGGAAUCGUAUUAGACUACUUACGACAAUUGGAUGCCUAUUUCAAGGAAAAAAUAGUUAUUGAUGAAUUUAUGAAGAAUGCUAAACUGAUGGCACAACGGCUGGAUGACAAUAAUAGCGAAAGUAAUGAAAAGUCACGACAAGGCCGUCAAAGAAAGCAACGAAAAAACACUUCAACACCAUUGACACACAAGAGCUUCAUUGAUUUAGGCGAUAGAGUACUGGCAUGCGAGAUCACAAAAGAUAAAGAGAUAUUCAUAUUAAACGAGAAAAAUGAAAGACUGCCAUUCACUGUCUCCAAUGUUUUAAAAAAGCCAAGUAUAUGCCAUGUGCGCGAGCUUUUCAAUAAACAGCAAAUGAUUUAG